AUGUUUAUAGCAAUAUUAACACUGCUUAUAAUCAAAGAUACUCAAGGAACAUAUUGGAUAAAUUAUGAUAUACCAUAUUCAAAUAUCGAUACAACAUUCGAUGAUGAUCCUGGCGAAUAUUUAAGUGCAUUAAUACGCGACCGAGAACAAGAAGUACAUAGUCCAUUUAUAAAUGGUGAUAAAUAUGUGUCGGGUGGAGAUCGACAUCAUUUGAGUCCAAAAGAUGAAAUUUUGAAUCGUCCGAAAGUAAUAACAUAUGAAGAAUUAUCAUCUUAUUGUAAUCCACCUAAUCCUUGUCCAUUAGGUUUUGAAGCUGAUGAUUGCGAUAUAUCACCAAUGUCAACAUUUACAUCUGAAUACAGUCAAUUAUAUCAGUCUGAACAAAAUUGUCAAUGUGACAAUGCUCAUGAAAAAUGUUCAGCUAAUAGGAUUUUUAACUUUAAUGAAUCACCAAAUAGAUCAACACAUAGUAUUGUAAAACGAUUAUGA